CACGCUGAAGUUUAUGAGAAUGGAAGGCCCAAGCUUGGAGGGCUCAUGGAUCCACGACAGGGCUGUUUGGAUAGGAACACCCGCUGCACUACAUGUGCCGGCAACAUGACGGACUGCCCUGGACAUUUUGGUCACUUGGAGCUUGCCAAGCCUGUUUUUCAUGUUGGUUUUUUAACAAAAACGAUGAAGAUUUUAAGAUGUGUGUGCUUCUAUUGCAGCAAACUUCUCUUCAAUGCGCAAUAUCCCAAAAUACGUGAGAUUGUGACAAAGUCCAAAGGGCAGCCCCGAAAGCGACUUCAGCAUGUGUACAAUUUGUGUAAAGGAAAAAUGAUUUGUGAAGGUGAUGAAAUUGAUGUUAACAAGGAUCCAGAUGAUCCCACCAUGGCAAAGAAAGGAUCAGGCCAUGGUGGUUGUGGUCGAUAUCAACCAAACAUUAAACGAGUUGGUUUGGAACUUGUAGCAGAGUGGAAGCAUGUAAAUGAAGAUACCCAAGACCGAAAGCAGAUCCUCACUGCUGAGCGUGUAUAUGAGAUAUUCAAGCAUAUAACAGAUGAGGAAUGCUACUUACUAGGAAUGGAUCCCAAAUAUGCCCGACCUGACUGGAUGAUCAUGACAGUAUUACCUGUGCCACCUUUGCCAGUACGGCCAGCUGUAGUCAUGCAUGGUUCAGCUCGUAAUCAAGAUGACUUGACUCACAAAUUGGCCGAUAUUAUAAAGGCCAACAAUGAACUUGUGCGCAAUGAACAAGCUGGAGCAGCUGCUCACAUCAUAGUGGAAAAUUUGAAGAUGCUUCAGUUUCAUGUGGCUACUUUAACAGAUAAUGAUAUGCCUGGAAUGCCUAGAGCCUUACAGAAAUCUGGAAGACCACUAAAAGCUAUCAAAGCUCGCCUUAAGGGCAAGGAAGGGAGGAUUCGUGGUAACCUCAUGGGAAAACGUGUAGAUUUUUCUGCCAGAACUGUUAUCACUGCAGAUCCCAAUCUACGUAUUGACCAAGUUGGAGUACCUAGAUCCAUUGCCCAGAAUCUUACAUAUCCAGAAAUUGUAACACCAUUCAACAUGACAAAAAUGAUGGAGCUUGUGAAGCGUGGUAACAACCAGUAUCCUGGAGCAAAGUACAUUGUACGUGACAACGGGGCUCGUAUUGAUUUACGCUAUCAUCCAAAGCCAUCUGAUCUCCACCUUCAGUGUGGCUACAAAGUUGAGAGACAUAUCACAGAUGGUGACUUAGUCAUUUUCAAUCGUCAGCCCACUUUGCAUAAAAUGUCUAUGAUGGGACACAGAGUUAAGGUAUUGCCUUGGUCAACCUUCCGAAUGAACUUGUCAGUAACAUCACCAUACAAUGCUGAUUUUGAUGGAGAUGAAAUGAACUUACAUGUGCCCCAGAGUAUGGAGACUAGAGCUGAAAUUGAGAACUUGCACGUGACCCCCCGAAUGAUCAUUACCCCACAGGCCAACAAGCCUGUGAUGGGUAUUGUACAGGACACCCUGACUGCUGUCCGGAAAAUGACCAAGCGAGACGUAUUCUUGGAAAAGUGCGAGAUGAUGAACUUGCUGAUGUUUUUGCCAAUCUGGGAUGGACGCAUGCCCCAGCCAGCCAUCCUCAAGCCCAAGCCAUUAUGGACAGGGAAACAGUUGUUCUCACUCAUCAUUCCUGGUAAUCUUAACCUAGUCAAGACCCAUUCUACCCACCCUGAUGAUGAAGAUGAUGGCCCUUACAAAUGGAUCUCCCCUGGUGAUACAAAGGUCUUGGUGGAGCAUGGAGAGUUGAUCAUGGGCAUUUUGUGCAAGAGAACACUUGGUGCUUCGUCUGGAUCCAUGUUGCACGUUGCCUGGAUGGAAUUGGGACACGAAAUUGCUGGCAGAUUUUAUGGCAACAUCCAGACUGUUGUUAAUAAUUGGCUACUUCUAGAAGGUAUGAGUAUUGGAAUUGGAGAUACUAUCUCUGAUCCUGCUACCUACCGAGUCAUCCAAGACACCAUUCGCAAAGCUAAGGAGGAUGUGAUAGAAGUGAUCCACAAAGCUCACAAUGAUGAACUUGAACCUACUCCUGGUAACACACUCAGGCAGACCUUCGAAAAUCAAGUGAAUCGUAUCCUGAAUGAUGCUCGAGAUAAAACUGGUUUAUCUGCCAAGAAGUCAUUGACAGAAUAUAAUAAUUUAAAGGCUAUGGUGGUAUCUGGUUCUAAAGGUUCCAAUAUUAACAUUUCACAAGUUAUUGCUUGUGUAGGGCAACAGAAUGUUGAAGGGAAGAGAAUUCCAUUUGGCUUCCGUAAGAGAACACUUCCUCACUUCAUCAAGGAUGACUAUGGUCCGGAAUCUAGAGGAUUUGUGGAAAAUUCCUACCUUGCCGGCCUAACUCCCUCUGAAUUUUAUUUCCAUGCUAUGGGUGGUCGUGAGGGUCUCAUUGAUACAGCUGUGAAAACUGCAGAAACAGGAUAUAUCCAGCGACGUUUGAUAAAAGCUAUGGAGAGUGUAAUGGUAAACUAUGAUGGUACAGUGAGAAACAGUGUUAGUCAAGUGAUUCAGCUUAGGUAUGGUGAAGAUGGAUUGGCUGGAGAGUAUGUAGAGUUCCAGAAAAUGCCAACUGUUAAACUAUCAAACCGUCUAUUUGAAGACAAGUAUAGAUUUGAUGUUACCAAUGAGAGAUACCUUCGUAGGCUGUUUAACGAAGACGUUGUUCGAGAAUUGAUUGGAUCGCCCGAGGCUAUCAGUAUCCUUGAAGGAGAAUGGCAGAAACUUCAAGAAGAUCGGUUGGGACUGCGAGAUGUAUUCCCUAAAGGUGAUACCAAAGUGGUGCUACCAUGUAACUUGGAACGCAUGAUCUGGAAUGUGCAGAAGAUUUUCCACAUUAAUAAAAGAACACCAACAGAUUUAUCACCUGUUAGAGUGGUAGAGGGUGUGCGAGACAUGUUGAAUAAAUGCACCAUUGUAACAGGAGAGGAUCGCAUCAGUUUACAGGCUAAUGAAAAUGCCACGUUCUGUUUCCAGUGCUUAGUUAGGUCAACUUUGUGUACUAAGAAAGUAGCUGAAGAAUACAAAUUAACCAGUGAAUCUUUCAACUGGCUUGUUGGUGAAAUUGAGACCAGAUUCCAUCAGGCAAUUGCUGCUCCUGGAGAAAUGGUUGGGGCUUUAGCAGCCCAGUCACUUGGAGAACCUGCUACUCAGAUGACGCUGAACACUUUCCACUUUGCUGGUGUAUCAUCCAAGAAUGUAACAUUGGGUGUGCCAAGGCUGAAGGAAAUUAUCAACAUCAGUAAGAAACCCAAGGCUCCCUCCCUUACAGUGUUUUUGGUUGGAGAUUCAGCUAGGGAUGCUGAGAAAGCCAAGAAUGUGUUGUGUCGUCUGGAACACACAACUUUACGCAAGGUAACAUCCAACACUGCCAUCUACUAUGACCCAGAUCCCCAGAACACUUGUAUUACUGAGGAUCAGGAGUUUGUCAAUGUUUAUUAUGAAAUGCCUGACUUCGAUGUCUCUAGAAUCUCCCCAUGGCUUCUUCGCAUUGAGCUUGAUCGUAAAAAAAUGACAGAUAAGAAGCUGACUAUGGAACAAAUUUCUCAAAAGAUCAACUCUGGCUUUGGUGAUGAUCUUAAUUGCAUCUUUAAUGACGAUAAUGCAGAGAAGCUUGUACUCCGGAUCCGUAUUAUUGUUGGUGACGACAAAUUGGCUGAUGAUGCAGAGGAACAGGUGGACAAGAUGGAAGAUGAUACUUUCCUGCGGUGCAUAGAGGCAAAUAUGCUGAAUGACCUGACUCUGCAGGGUAUUGAAGCCAUCACCAAAGUGUACAUGCAUUUACCCCAGACUGAUGAAAAGAAGCGCAUCAUUGUAAAUGACCAGGGCGAGUUUAAGGCUAUAGCUGAGUGGCUGCUAGAGACUGAUGGAACUGCUCUCAUGAAAGUACUCUCUGAAAGAGAUGUAGAUCCUGUUCGAACCUCCUCUAAUGACAUCUUGGAAGUAUUCGAAGUCCUUGGAAUUGAAGCUGUGCGAAAAUGUAUUGAAAAGGAAAUGAAUGCUGUGCUCAUGUUCUAUGGUCUUUAUGUGAACUACCGUCAUCUUGCCUUGCUUUGUGAUGUUAUGACGAGCAAGGGUCACUUGAUGGCUAUCACACGUCAUGGAAUUAAUAGACAAGAUACUGGUGCACUAAUGAAAUGUUCAUUUGAAGAGUCUGUGGAUGUGCUGAUGGAAGCUGCAUCUUGUGCUGAAGUAGACCCUAUCCGAGGUGUUUCUGAAAACAUUAUGUUAGGACAGCUUCCCAAGAUUGGUUCUGGUUCAUUUGACUUAGUAUUAGAUGAUGCUAAGUGUAAGUUGGGUAUGGAAAUCCCCAUGCCAGGACAAGGCAUGAUGAUGGGUGGAGGAAUCUUUGGAGCAUCAUCACCAUCUUCAGGGAUGACGCCUGCCCAAACCCCUUGGGCUUCAGGAGCAACACCAUCAAUGUCACCCUAUGGUGCAUGGACCCCUGGUGUAGGUAGUGGUAUGACACCAGGUGGGCCAUCUUUCUCUCCAGCUGCAGCUAGUGAGACAACAGGCCUCUCACCAGGAUAUUCUCCAGCUUGGUCUCCACAACCUCGCAGUCCAGUGUCUCCAGGCUGCACGAGUCCAUACAUUCCAAGUCCAGCCAAUGCGCUCUCACCCUCAUACUCUCCCUCAUCACCAGCAUAUCAGCCUACAUCUCCAAGCAUGACUCCAGCUUCACCAGGAUAUUCUCCAACUUCUCCCACCUACAGUCCAACAAGCCCACAAUACUCCCCAACCUCACCGCAGUACUCUCCAACAAGUCCAUCAUAUUCUCCCACAUCACCAUCUUAUAGUCCCACCUCUCCAUCAUACUCUCCAACAUCACCAUCCUAUUCCCCAACUUCACCAUCAUAUUCUCCCACAUCACCAUCAUAUUCUCCCACAUCACCAUCUUACUCUCCCACAUCUCCAUCAUAUUCCCAUAGAUGCUAUGUAUGGUUUAUUUAA